CUAAAGAAGUGCGUUACCAAAACAAGCUGCGUGCGCGCGCCGACACAGCGAAAGAAGAGUUGGGAGCAAAGGAAAAGUCUGCAGGAGAAAACGAAUGGGUCAGGCCACACCAAUUUAAGCAAACACCGGAGACACAGCUGGGGCGUCAGGCCUACUGUUAGAGGCGUUUGACGAUGGACCCCAACAGUGAGAUCAAGAAGAUGACCAUCUACCUCCCCUGUAACCCCUCCUCUGAGACCCAGAAGCUGGCCCCACCCAGAGGCCCAGGCUGCAGCUGGCUGGUGGUGGUAGCGGCUGUAGCGGCCUCGCUGAGCGGCCUUAUGCUGGGCUACGAAAUGGGCCUGACCUCUGGAGUCCUGCUGCAGCUGCGGGACCUCCUCUCCCUCUCCUGCAGGGAACAGGAACUGCUGGUCAGCUCCCACCUGCUCGGCGCUCUCCUGAUGUGCCUGGCCGGAGGUCCCAUUCUGGAUCGCUACGGCCGCCGCUGCUCUUUGCUCCUUAGUGCUGGCCUGGUGGUCGGAGGGAGUGUCGUGCUCAUCGCCGUCACCUCACUUGUUGCACUCACACUGGGUCGGGUCAUAGUUGGCAUGGGAACGGCGCUGUCAGGGACAGGAGCGUGUCUGUACAUUGCAGAGAUCUCACCGAGGGAGAGGAGGGGUCUGCUGGUGACGCUGUACGAGCUGAUGUUGGUUGUGGGUGUAAUGCUGGGAUUCAGCUGCAGUUACGCCUUUGCUACUUUGCCCCACGGCUGGGCGUAUACAUUUGGACUAGUAAUCCCCCCUGCGCUGCUGCAGAUCAGUGUACUCUUGUUUCUCCCACCCAGCCCACGCUUCCUUGUUGCCAGGGGUAAAGUGGAACAGGCCAGGAUAGUGCUGACCAAAAUGAGAGGUGGGGUUCAGGAGCAAGUGGAAUUGGAGCUCAGAGACAUCCAGACAGGACUUAAAGAGGAAUCAGAGCAUAGUUUCUGGGAGUUGUUCAGUGCCAAGGCCAACUUACGGUCACGGCUGCUAACAGGCGUUGCCCUAGUCUUCCUUCAGCAGGUUACCGGUCAGCCCAACAUCCUCUCCUACGCUUCACCACUUCUCCGCAGUGUAGGCUUCAACAGUGACUCCGCAGCAACCUUGGCCUCCACGGGGUUCGGAGUAGUCAAAGUAAUUGGCACCAUUCCGGCCGUGUUGCUGGUCGACCGCGUGGGACCCAAGAGCUUUUUGUGUGUGGGCGCCGUCGCAAUGGGAAUGUCGUUAGCAGCACUUGGUAUACUGACACUGCAAAGCCACACUCACCUCACCAGCCUGUGUAGAAGCCAGACUAUAAUAAACCACACAGAUACGCCGUGGGAUGUAAACACAACCAUCACAGACUUGGACAGUGACAUUUUUACUACUCACCUCCCCAACCAAUGGAACAGUGAGGAGGAUGGGAAAGAGGAGCAGGGGGGAGGAGAGACUAAUGUAGAAGUGUCUUCCUCACUGAAGUUGGCAUCACUGAUCAGCUUGCUGGUGUAUGUGGCAGCCUUCUCCAUUAGCCUCGGACCAAUGGUGUACGUGGUUCUCAGUGAGAUCUUUCCAAUGGGAGUCAGAGGCAGGGCCGUGUCCGUGGUGUCAGCUGUAAACUGGGCCACAAACCUGCUUAUCUCAGUAACCUUCCUCACAUUUACAGAAAAGAUUGGUGUUCCCAACGUGAUGUUCCUCUACUCUGCCAUGAGCUUUGUUCUCUUGGUGUUUGUCAUCCUCUGUAUCCCUGAGACCAAAGGUCGCACGCUAGAGGAGAUAUCAAAAGAACUGGCGAAGAAGAAGCCUUUUGAGGUGAGGCUCUAUAGACAGGUUCAGCCUCAGGAGAGCCUGAUCAGCAGCAUGUCCGCAGAGAGUCCAGCAAACGUCUGACCCUUUUAACAGACCACAACUGUACACCUCAGCUGAAGGAGCAGCAACGAGGACAAUAAAUUAGCAAUUAAGAAUUUUGGGUACAACUUCUACAUCUCACCCACAUGUGUACAUCCCUGCAGAUCCAGCUGAUUCCUAUAAUACUGUCUCUGUCAUAUAGUUGGUUUUAGCUAUACACUGUAUGUGAAGGAUGAAAACAACAGGAAAGGUCAAGUAUUAAAAAAUGGAGAGGUAUUUGUGAUUUUGCCCAAAUUGGGAUAGUUCAGGGUUUGCUCUUGCUGGUUAAAGGGAAGUAAAGAAAGGUCAACAAUGGGGUUUGAAAAUGUGAUUAUAUAAAAAAUAUAUAUUUAUUUAAUUCCUUGCUUCUUUACCCCUUCUAUAUUUAAGAAUACAACUACAAUAAAGCAGAAAGGAACAUGUUCUCUUAACUCCAGUAUAAAAUUGACUCCCCACCAGCCAGUAAAACCAAUGACGCCCCUUGAAUGACCACUACAGUCUUUUCCAUUUUGACCUGAUAUUGUGAUGAACAUUUACAAAAAAAUCUGUCUUGGGUGAUCACAGGGAAAUCAACGAUGAACUAGAAAACAGAAAAAUCCACCUAAUCACUUCAAAUGUUUCAUUGUUUAAUGUAAAGACUAAUACGGCUCAAACCAGACGCACCAGUCAUACCAGUUUUGGCACACUAUAAUCGACAAAAACUAUGGACGGUCACAGUUGUCUCCUCCUUUGCAUUUUAUGGGAACAGGCCAACAAGAAAAUGAUACUGAAUCAACAUUCAGCUGCAGUGUGCUUGAUUGCUGAAUCCUCAAAAACAAGCAAUGAAGCAAAAAAGCUCAACUCGAGGUCUACUGGUAAUGUUUUUACUUAUGUCAGUAAUGCCAAAAUUAUACUUAGUUGAUUAAUAAGUGGGAUGUUUUACUGCAAGAAAGAAUGGGUUAUGUGGACCUGUUCACAAUUAAAAUUACUUAUACUUAAA